AUGGCGCUGUCGUUCUUCCGAGGGUUCUUCAAGGGAGGGCUGGUGGAGGAGGACUUAGAUGCGUUCUAUCCCGUGCGCCAGGACGUGCAGGUCGGCACCAUCAGCAAGUUCCGACCGCGGGCGAGCAAGCGGCUGUCGGAGGAGAAGUGGAACGACAUGUUUGAUGCGGAGGGGCGCAUGGUCAAUCUUGAGGCUGCUCUCCGCCUCAUACAGCGCGGGGGCUGUGAGCCGGGCAUUCGGCCGGAGGUAUGGGAGUACCUCUUGGGGCUGGUCAGCCCGGCAGCCACGAGUGGCGAGUGUGGCGAGCUGAGGAGCAUGCGCAGGGAGGCAUAUGCUGCAAUGCUCAAGGAGUGCCAGCUCGUGGACCCGGUCAUUGGCAGUGGCUUCGUGGUUGACUUUCCCAGAGUGCAGGACGAUGGCUCAGAGUUCGAUCUCCCAGACUCCUAUACCGGCCCGCUGCGCCUCGUGCCGCCCAUCCCGCCCCUCGACGCCGCGUGGGAGGAGACCGGGGCGCAGCUGGGGGUGCUGGAGGAGGGCGAGGAGGAGGAGGAGGAGGAAGGGAAGGGGGAGGGGGGCGAAGUGGAGGGAGUCGAACCAAAUGCUGUACGAGUCAAUGCAGAGGUGGUGGCGCGCGUGUGGCUGGACCGAAUCCACAAGUGGCGCCAGGGGCUCUAUCAAAUAGGAGUAGACGUGACAAGAGCCGAUCGAUCGCUGCUCUUCUUUGAGAGCAGCCGCAGCCGAGCGCGGCUGAUGAACGUGCUGGCGGUGUACGCGUGGUUUGACCCCGAGGUGGGGUACUGCCAGGGCAUGAGCGACCUCAUGUCCCCCAUGGUCGUGCUCUACCCCGACGACGCCGACGCGUUCUGGGCGUUCGAAAGGCUCAUGAGGAGAGUGAGGGAGGACUUUAUGAACACGGACACGGGGCUGGGCAUUCAGAGGGAGAUCAGCCGCCUCUCCCACAUGGUCUACACUCUUGACCCUGAGCUGCAUGCUCACUUAGACGAGAUAGGAGCGGGCACCAUGUUCUUCACGGUGCGCACAGUCAUGGCCAUGUUCCGCCGCGAGCUCUCCUUCGCUGAUGCGCUCUACCUCUGGGAGCGCUGCUGCCUCUGGCCGACCAGGCCCGUUCCAUCCCCUUGCCGCACCUCCCUCCCCCACCUCCCCCACCUUCCCCCUCACCCAGCCCUCUUCCUUCCCCCCCGCUCCUGCUUCUUCCUCGCUCCUUCUUCCCCUCCCUGGCAGAUGAUGUGGGCGUGGGACUAUGACGCGUGUAGUGCAGCGCUGCUCCCUCUAGCAGACCAGGCCAUCUUCCACACGGCCCGCCACCUGCCGCACCUCACCAUGGACCGCCAAGCCUACAUCGCCGCCACCGCCGCUGCCGUCCGGGCGGCGGCUUCCGUCCUACUUGACGCAGAUCUCUUCACGGCUAUAGCUGUUGAUAUCGCCAACGCCACCCGCGUGCCCCUCUCUGCUGUUCCCAGUGGCACUGGUGCUUCCAGUGCUGGCGGCGCUGGGAGCAUUAGCAACAGCAGCAGCAGCGGCAGUGGUGGUGUUGUUGGUGGUGGUGGGUCGCUUUCGACGUAUGCGUCUGGCUCGGUGGGUACUGCAAGCAGCAUUGCCGGCAGCGGCGGCACGUCGGCGUUCGCAGCGCCACAUGAGGAUGCGGAUCGAGGCUCAGUGGACCUGUUUUCCUCCCCUCAGAGGCUGGAGAUCGCCCUUAUGGCUGCCGAGCUGGCUGUGACUCAGGCUGCUGUGCACGCUGUGCCUGAUACCCCUGCUUCUGGGGCUCUUAUGGGGAGGAAAGGGGGUGGGGGAGUGGGUGGGAGGGAGUUUGUUGUGCCAGAGGAGUGGGAGGACGGUGGAGGGGUGGAGGAGGGAGAGGAGGGGUGGGAAGGGGAGGAGGAGGAUGGGGAGGCAUAUGGAGAGAGUGAGAGUGAAGAGGAGGAUGAGGAGGACGAGGAGGGGGAGGGAAGUAGGAGUGAGAGUCAGGGCAGUGACUUAGAAGGUGAGAGCGGGGAGGAGGAUCAGGAGAGCAUGGGGUAUAGUUCAGAGGAGGACAGGGAGGGAGAGGAGGGCGCAAAAGGGGGAGAGAGUGAGGGGGAGGAGGAGGAGGAGGAGGAGGAGGAGGAGGAGGAGGAGGGGGAGUGGGGGAGGGAGAGGCGCCUGUCUGAGGCAGCGGCUAGAAUAGCGGGAGUGUGGGAGGAAGAAGAGGAGGAAGAGGAGGAAGCUGAAGAGGUGGGGGUUGCAGGGGUAGAAGUGGGAGGGGAAGGAGGGGCAGCAGUUGGAGGGGCAGAUAGAGGGGUGAGCAUGGUAGCAGCGGAAGGGGCAGGCACAGACACAGCAGGGGGAUCGAUUGGAGUCAGUUGGAGUGCAACUGGUAGUGAGCCGUCCUUCUUUGGCCGCAUGCGGUCCCUGUGGGGCAAGAAGGACGAUGCUGCUGCUCCUGCUGCUCCUGCUGCUCCUGCUGUUCCUGCUCCUGCUACUGCUCUCUUCUUGCACAGCAGCAGCAACGCGGAAGACACAGUGCUAGAUCUCUCUGCUGUGUCCUCCCGAGUGGCCUUUGAUCCGUCUAAGGACCUUCCUCCGGAUGAGAGGCUGCCGACUAGCCAGCAGCUGGAGGCUCGGAGGAGGGUGGCGUUGAGAGGGGGUGUGGGGAGCUGUGUUGAGCGGGGGCAGGGCGAGGGGAGGGGGCGGAUUGUGCGGUCUGUGUCAGGGGGAAACUGGAAGGAGAGCGAGCCUGGGAGAGAGGGAGGAGGGCAAAGAGAGUGGAAGGAGGGGAGAGAGGGGAGAGAGGGGAGAGAGGGGAGAGAGGGGGAUGAUGGGUGCGGAGGAGGUGGGGGCGGUGGGGAAGGGGUUUUGGCUCGGAGUGGGCGGGAUAAUCUUAGGUUUGCGGCCACCAUUGCUCUGCGCGAACCUUCCUCCCGAACCAGCUUCCGCAGGCACGGGAGCCCGGCGCUAGGCUCGGCACGGAGCGCUGGUGGUCGCUCGGCGAGGUCCCGCAGGGAGAAGCUGCGGAGGGGGGUGAGUUUCGGUUCGGAGCCAGACCUGGGUUCGGGAAGAGGCUCGGGUGGAGGGUUUGGAUCACCAUCGGAGCAGCAACGGAGGAGAAGCUCUGAGGUUCGGAGGGAGGGAAGGCAUGAAGGAGCAGAUGGGGAAGAAGAAGGAGGAGCGCCAAUAGCAGCAGCAGCAGUUGCAGCGACGGCGCCUUCAGGAGUUGGGAAUAUGAAUGUGAGGCGGGUAAGAAGCGAUGAAGAGCACUUGUCUUCCGUUAGCAGCAGCAGCAGUUGCAGCGUUAACCUGGUUCCUCGGGCCAUGCCACCUCUCCCCUUGAGAGACAGUCCGAAAGCACCCAUAGGCGCCGUGAAGGGCGGCCCUAAAGGUAGUCCAAAAACACCCAUAGGCGUCGCAAAGGACAGUCCGAAGCCGCCCAUAGGGGCCCUGAAGGGCCAGCAGGACAGUCUGGGGUCGCCCAUGGGGGGUAUGCUCAGAGACAGCCCGAAAACGCCCCUGAGCGUGACGCAGAGGGAGCUGGGGAGGGCAGAUAGCCCCAAGAUCCCUGCUCUGGAAGGGGCGUUGCGCAGGGAGAAGGAUGGCACCUCGCCGUUGUCGGGCCCUACGCCUGCAGUGCCGUUGCUAGCAGUGCCUGCACCCACGCUGGGAAAGCGGAGGCAGGCCGGCAGCAGCAUGGGUGGCGCUGCUGGUGCUGGUGCUGGUGGUGGUGCUGGUGGUGGUGCUGGUGCUGGUGCUGGUGCUGGUGGUGGUGCUGGUGGUGGUGCUGGUGGUGGUGGUGCUGCUCGCACUAGCCAUUUUCCCCUAGGCCUGCCUCCCAUAUCUCCUAGGGUCGGCUCAGCAGGCUCGGGCACCGAGGCUGCAGGUUCGGCAUCCGGCAGCAUGUUCGGGCACGGCUGGGGAGGCUCCUCUAAGUCCCCUCGCUUCCUGCCGGCUGCUCCCACCAUGGCUGGUAUCACAGGAGGAGGCAUAGACGCAGGCAGCACAGCAGGCAGCACAAGCAGCAAGGCCGGCAAACCGAAACACGAGGCUAAACCAAACCACGAAGCAGAACCGAAGCGCCAAUCGGCACCCGAACUGGGCAUUGGUAUUAUCCAUACAGGGCCCCGUGUACAAGAAGAUCAGGAGGUCGAUCUGAUGCCAGAGGGAGCACUGGAGGAGCCAGACGCGCUACAAGACGCCUUACCAGACGACUCACCGGGCGACCCACCACCAGACGCCCUACCAGACGUGCCAUUCCUCUUCCCACCCUCCAAGUCCCUCGCUAGAGCGUCCUAUGAAGGCAGAGGGGGGUCGAUGCAUGAGAGUGGAACCCAAAUGAGCAAAAACCAUCCUCAUCAUCAACCCUCUCACUUGUUCCCCCACUCGAGGUCUCUGUCUGGCGCCUCUCCCCCCUCUCCUGCUAGCAUCUUCAAGGCUCCCCUCCGCCGAUUGAACCUCAGGGUUCCCCCUGAAUUACACCUGAAUCUCAAGUCACCCCGGGCGGAACACCCUCCAAAAUCCCCGGGUUCCGUGCCCUUUGCCCUCCCUUUUGAGGUGACUCUUGGGCUGAAAUCUCCUGGUCCGUUCAGAAUCCCCCCUGAGCUAAGCGCUGGAAUGAAGUCCCCUCGGCCGUUUGUUCCUCCUGACCUGCUUAAAUCCCCGCUGGCGCUUAAAUCCCCGUCUUCUAGAGAUUUCCUGGCUAAGAUUUUCGACGAUACGAACCGAGCGACGAUGGGGUCGAGUGCGGUGAAAGGGGGUGCCAAAGGGUGGCACAGCCUUCCGCGGGAGGCAAGAGGGGUGAUGGGAGGGCGUGAGGGGGAGGAGGGGAGGGAGCAGGGGAGGCGACACAUAGACAAGGAGAGUGGGCAGGGUGGGGAGUGGUUGGGAACGCCUCAGAGGAGUUUAAGUGGGGAACGGAAUCAAAGGGAUAAAGUAAAACCCACUCAUCACAGAAGCGCCAGUGGCGAGGGAGGAAUGAAGGGGUUUUGGGGGUUGCAGAAGGCAGGGGAAGCAACGGGUGAGAGCGAUAAGGAGAAAGAGGCAGGCGGGGGAGCAGAGGAAGGCACGAGUGGCCCGCGGGAAGCAGCGGUAUCGAGUGUAAGGGUGACUGAGAGAGGGGGGGAGGAGACAGCAGAUGUGAUAGCUAUGGGUGGGGCAUUGAGUGAAGGGGUAGGGGAGGAUGGGGAGCGCAAGGAAGUGUCUGAAAGGGGGAGGAAGGGUGGUGAAGCGGGGCAAGAGGCAGAUGCGGAAGCGGACUGGCAGGGAUUCAGCGUGGUGCACAGCCCUUCGCUGCCCUUGGCUCCUCCUCCUGCCGCUGCUCCUGCUGCUGCUCCUGCUGCUGCUGUGGUUGCUCCUGCUCCUGCUCCUGCUCCUGCUCUUGCUCCUGCUCUUGCUCCUGCUCCUGCUCCUCCUCCUCCUCCUGCUGUUGCUGCACCUGCCGCUCCUGCAGCAGGCACAGAGGAAGCCUUUCACUUCAAGCCUCUCUCGUCUGCCACAGCACCUAAAGUACUGCCACCACCACCCCCAGCCUUCUCCGCACCAGCUGCGACAACCACACUACCAUCGUCAUCCUCCAUCACCAAACCUGCCGCCGAGCCUCCGGCCUCCCCUACCGAGUCUAACCUAUCGUCCCCUGCUCUGUCCGUUGCUGAGAUCCCGUCCCCACAGGGGGAGGUGGAUGAGGAGGGGGUGCUGGUGGGGGGAGGAGAGGAGGAUGGGGAGGUGGAGGUUGAGAGGAUGACGACGUUCUGUGUGCUGGCGAUUCUGCUGGAGAUGAGGGAAGACCUGGUGCAGUACGCUCAGGGGCUGGACGAUGUGGUACAUUAUUUCAACCUUGCAGCUACCAGUUGGAAUAUAAAGAAGCUCUGCAAGAAGGCAGUGACAUACCAUCGCAAAUAUCUUUACCUGCCACAGGACGGCGGCGCGCGUUUCGGCGCGUCUCGCUCCAUGCCGCCACGUCAGUACGUAGCCACAACGACGCCUGCUGAAGCUGUUCCCGAACUUCUAAACCGCUCUCCACGUUCGUCCACCCUCCCGAACCACCCGCCGUACCAUUAUCCGAACCACCCCCCGAACCAGCGGUACCGGCAACUACCCGAGCCUGGUAACGACGCUCGGCCCUAUAGCGACCAGCACAUUCCCCUUUCCGGCGACGCCCCCGGUAAGCGCGAGCGCGCCAACCGCGCCCUCCGCAAGGGCAUCUCCGCCUCGUCCGCGGAACUAGACCCGCCGAGUUCCGUGCGCCAUCGAAAUGAUGACUCUAGGCAGUGUGACAAUAUUGGUGGUGAGCAAAACGAGCUCACGGAGUAUCUCUUUGGAGAGGGGGGGCUUGGAGAAGGCGCGUGGGGUUCUGGCGGCGAUGAGUACGCGCGCGGAACUGGCGGCGGGAUUGGCGGCGUUGCGGAUGGCGGUGCUGGUGGCAGCGGUAGAUUCGACGAUGCGAUAAGAGUCGAUCCGGGUCGAGGGGUCUCUAAUGCUCGGCAUGGUAUGCCCAAAUCUCCGUCUGCGCGCCGCGCCGCCGACAUUAACCAGCCAGCCGUCAACCGCCGGCAGGGGUGGCGGAGGGGCAGUGACGGGCUGUCAGGUUGGGCGGAGAAUCCCGAAGACGUGCCCGAGCCUAUGCCCAUGGUUCGGCGCUAUACCACGGGCAUGGGCGGGAUGGCAGUUUCGCACGGCGAGCGGGGGAAGGGGGGGGAGGGUACUGGGGAAGCCGGGCAAUGGCGGAGCGGAAAUCAGGGGGAGAGGGCGGAGCGGGCGCACGGAAUGCCGCUGCAGCGGCGAUCGAAAACGGGACCUGAUAGUCUCAGAAAUCAUACACUGGUUACCGCGGGGAAUACGGCAGGGAACACGGCAGCAGGUGCUUCUUGGGGAGGCGCCGCGGGACACGGGGAGAGUUUUGGCGGCUUUGGCGGGGGGUUCAGAAGUGCCGGCGGCGCACCAGAGUCGUCCUCAGGCGGAUCGGUGCGAAGCGGUACCAGUGAGGGGCAGACGGCGUGGGAGGCGCGGUGGGGGGCGGAGCAGCAGAGAGUCGCGGGAGGUAGCGGUAGACUGGCGGGCGGCGGAGGGAGCGGCAGACUGGUGGGCGCUGGAGGCGGGAACGGCGGCGGGAGGGAAGGCGCAGGCGGAGUCGCGGGGAUGGGGGGACCCCGCGGGGUGCGCGCGGGGAGCAUAGGCAUCAUGUCUCCGCGCCUGCUGAGAUUCCUGGUAGACGAAGACAGCCCCGUAGGCCCGAACCCUAGCGGGGGAUUCGACGACGGACGGAGGCGCGGGGGAGACGGGCGUAAGGCAAAAGGGCGGGGGAAGGACGCGGGGAUGGGGAAAGCGGAGGCCGGCGGACCAGGGGGGAGGGGAAGCAGGGAGCGGGAGAGAGAGGGAGGGGGGCAGGUUGGGAGGAGGCAAGAUAAUUCCAGUUCCUAUCCUCCCAGUAACUCGUUCUCCCUGCGCCCCUCCUCUGGCGAUUCCGCCGGUUCCGCCUCCGGGGAAACGGGGAAGACGGGAGGGGCGGGAGGGGCGGAAGUGGGGGGGGGAGUGGCUGGUGGUGCUGGUCCGUUCCCUGCCUACCCCACCUCCUCGUCUUUCUCGUUUGAGUCUAACCAGGCAUCGAUACAGUCACCCACGUCCUUGCAUUACGCCCCCGUUAGUGCGCAUGGGCAUGGCAGUGAUGGUAGCGCCGGUGGAGAUGGGGGCGGGAAGGCGAGGGGGUGGCAGGGGGGUGAUGGGGAGGCGGAGGGAAAGCAGGAGGAAGAAGAGAAGAGGGGAGGGGGGAAGGGUGAGGGGAAAGGGGGGAAGGGAGUGGGGAGGAAUGCAGUAAAUCCCCGAGCUGGGGGAGGGGGAGGGGGAGGGGGAGUGGGCGGAUCGGAUCACAGCACGAGUGCGGGCGGCAGCAAAACGCCAAAGGAGGCCAGCCAGCACAGGUCGAAGCGGGCUGGGUCGGGCACGUGGGGAGGGGGCCUGGUGGCUGCAGUGGAGGGUUUUAGCCGCAGCCUCACUGCUCCUAAAGGCUCCUUUGGCUCUCCUGCUGCUGCUGCUGCUGCUGCUGCUAACGCCUCUGCUUCUUCUGCUAGUAACGCUGUUGCUGCUGCUGCUGCUGCUGCUGCUGGCACUGGUGGUAGCAGUGGUAACAGCACUGCUCCUGCUGGUGCCGCUGCUGGUGGUGGUGCCGCUGCUGGUGCUGGUGCUGGCGCUAGUGCUGCUGGUGGUGGUGGUGAGGGCGGUGGAAUGAAGAAGGUCAAAGGAUUGACCGUAUCAACGUCUCCUCGUCGCCUCAGCAUCAGCGGCACCACCACUGCUGCAGCCCACUCCUACUCUCCUUCUUCCACUUUCACUGAUAACUCGCAGAAACACUCCCCUGCUUCUGCCACCACUCCCACUGGUGUAUCUGCUGCUGCUGCUCUCUCUGCCACUGCUGCUGCCACUGCUGCUGCAGCUUCUGCUGCUUCUGCUGCAGCUGGUGGUGGUUCGUCCGGUUCUGCUCCCUCCGUGACUCCCCGCGGCGACGGGCAGCAGCAGCAGCAGCAGCAGCCGGGCACGGGCAGCACGGAAGGGAUUUUCGAGCGCGGGUUCACAGACAUCCGGAAGAGAUUUGAGGUCGGGCAGCAGAUCGGGCAGGGGCGGCGGGGGGUGGUGGUGUAUAUGUGUGUGGAGAGGCGCACGGGGCGGGCGUAUGCGUGCAAGGCGAUUGACAAGGCGACUCUGGUGGAGCCGAGGAAGGUGGCUGCUGUGCGGGCUGAGGUGGACGUUAUGAGGAAGCUUCUGGGAUGGCCGCACGUGGUGGGGAUCAAAGACGCCCUAGAGGACGAAAAGUGCGUGUACAUCUUCAUGGAGCUCUGCUCAGGAGGCGACCUGCUGGAUCACAUCAACUCAUCCCCCUUCAUCUCGGAGCGGGAGGCCGCCAUCAUCCUGCGCGUGCUGGCGGAGACGCUGCGGUCGUGCCACAACCACGGCAUCAUGCACCGCGACUUAAAGCCCGAGAACAUCCUGCUGGCGCUGCCUGGGUGCUGGUGGGACCUCCGGUUGGCCGACUUUGGCUUCUCUGUUCACCUCAAAGCCGGCGAGCGCAUGACCGGCUAUGCAGGGUCGCCAUUCUACAUGGCGCCGGAGGUGCUGGACAGCAUAUACGGGCACGAGGCGGACGUAUGGAGCCUGGGGGUGAUCCUCUACACCAUGCUCUCCCAGAAGCUGCCCUUCUGGGAUGACACGGACGCGGGUGUGUAUCGGCAGAUCAAGCGCGCUCACGUGGACAUGGAGAGCGGAGUCUGGCCGGCGAUUUCGGAUGAAGGGAAGGAUCUGGUGCUGGGGAUGCUGUCCGCGGACCCUCACCAGCGAAUCACCCUCGAUAGACUGCUCGGGUUUUGGGACGACGCGGACGCGGGCGUGUACCAGCAGAUCAAGCGUGACAAGGUGGACAUGGAGAGUGGCGUCUGGCCGGCGAUUUCAGAUGAAGGGAAAGAUAUUAGCGUCAUGAAACAUGCCACUUCGUG